AAAAGCCACCACCAGUACAGUUCACGCUUCAGGAUGGGGAAUGUUGCAAGAGGGCAAAGGGGAGCCAUCCAGGGGGAUGCCACAGCAUUGGGAAGCCCAAUGGCAGGAGUUCCUGAGGACACUGCAGCCCCUUCACACAGGAGGGGGGAAAUCAGUGAUGUCAGAGAUGGCGCCAUGGGAUGACACCAAGGCCUUCCUGGCCUCCUUUGAGCAAGUGGCCAAGGCCUUUCGGUGGCCUAGAGGAGAGUGGGCGGCCCGGCUCUUGCCAGCCCUGAGUGGGGAAGUAGAAGAGGCCUUUCGGAGCCUGGAAGCCAGAGAUCAGGAGGACUAUGGGAAAGUGAAGGCGGCCAUCUUGCGAGGGGAAGCCCUGAGGAUGGAGGCGCAGCGCCAGCACUUCAGGCAAUUCUGCUGCCAGGAGGUCAGAGACCCCCGAAGGAUCCACAGCCAAAUCCAGGAGCUUUGCCGACAGUGGCUGAAGCCGGAGAGACACAGCAAGGAGCAGAUCCUGGAGCUGCUGAUCCUGGAGCAGUUCCUGGCCAGCCUGCCAGUGGACCUCCAGGGCUGGAUCCGGGCAGGAGGGCCGGACACCUGCUCCCAGGCCGUGGCCCUGGUGGAGGACUUCCUCACGAGCCAGAAGGAGGCCGAGACCGGACAGUGGCAGCAGGAAUUGAUGGAUCCCAAGGAAACUAGCUUGUCUUUGCACCUAGUCAGGCCGUGUUCAUCCCAGCCAGGCCAAAAGACUAUAGUCUGGCAAGUCCAGCCGGAGGAUGGUGAGAGCAUUGAUCCCAUGGGUGACGAGAAGGGAAAUCAAGUCAAGAUGGAGAAUUCUCAGUGUGGAGGAAAUGAGCCUGAGGACAUGCCUAGGACAACCCCACAGAUAAGUCAAGCGAAUGUGCUGGAGACAGCUGAGAUGCACGAGGAAGGAUUUAAAUCCGAAGAGGGACGGGGGAACCAGCCAGUGAAGAGAGAGAAUGAUUGUCAUGAGCUCACAGAAGGUCUUACAGCUGUGAUUAUCCAGGCUUCCGAAAUAAACGUUAGGGAUAAAUUGCCCUUGUUUUCCAAAUAUGGUAGAAGGCAUCACUACACAUCAGAGCUUGAUAUGAUACAAACCAAGGAGGACUAUCAAGAAUAUUCCAUGUCAGAGGAAAACCUUCUGCAAAAUUCAUGCUUUGAUCAGUAUCAGAGAAUUAUAACAGGAGGGAAUGAACCCUACUUCUCUGAACAUGGAAAAGGGGGUGAUUUUAACAAAUACCAGAGUAACCACCCAGAAGAGAAACCCAAUAACUCUACUGAGUGCUGGAAGAGCUUUAGUUAUACAAAGUUAUUAAAUAGUAAUCUAGAAAUUCAAAGUGAAGGGCAACCAUAUGAAUGUUUCCAUUGUAGCAAAUGCUUCAGCCAGAGAGAACAUUUGAUAAACCACCAGCAACUUCAUACUGGAGAGAAAAGGCAUGAAUGUCCCCAGUGUGGGAAACUCUUCACUUUAAAGCAAGCAUUAGUGAAACACCAAGAAAUUCAUACUGGAGAGAAACCAUUCAAGUGUUCUCAGUGUGGGAAAUGCUUCAGCGACAGAGGCGUGCUGAAGGUACAUCAGAGAAUCCAUACUGGGGAGAAGCCGUACAAAUGUUCUCAGUGUGGGAAAUGCUUCAGAAAGAGUGGGAACUUGAUGUGCCAUCAAAGGAUCCAUACCGGAGAGAAACCCUACAAGUGCCCUCAGUGUGGGAAAUGCUUCCGAGAAAGAGCAAAGUUGAAAAUCCACCAGAGGAUUCAUACUGGAGAGAAACCGUACAAGUGCCCUCAGUGUGGGAAAAGUUUCAGCCGGAGUGAAAAUUUGAAAAACCACCAGAGAAUUCAUACUGGAGAAAAGCCGUAUACGUGUUCUGAGUGUGGGAAAAGUUUCAAUCAGGGUGGACAUUUGAAAAAACAUCAGCGAAUUCAUACCGGAGAGAAACCAUACAAAUGUUCUCAGUGUGGAAAAUGGUUCUGUCAUAGAGGAGAUCUGAGGAAACAUGAGAGAAUUCAUGCUGACCAUGUGAAAGUUGUUGUGUGAGAAAAACGUCAAGUCACUGAUUAUCAGAGAAUGAUUAUUACAGAAUCCAUGCAGGAAAGGAACCAUUCAAAUGCCUGAAGUGUGGGAGGAACGUCUCUUGGACAGAUUGGUUCAUCAAACAUAAGAACUCACAGGGGUCAGAGACCUUAUGAAAGUGUGGAAUAAGUUUCGUUCUGAAAGAUGCAAUUAUUAUGCUUCAGAGAGAAUCCCAAAGAAUAUCCCAUGGGGAAUGGGAUGGGAUGGGGGAAUUUUCCACGAAAAGCCAUACCUAAGUGCUGGUAAGAAAAUGUAGAUAGGAAUGAAGUCAGCUCAGAGAAGCUCCCAACAAAGACAUUGACUGGGUUCAGACAACACGAUAACCAAUGUUGGUUUAAAUAGUCGACAGUUGGCUAUUUAACCCACCAUGGGUUAUCGUGUUGUGUGGAGGGAGUAUUUUAACCAAUGGCUGGUUAUUUGGCUGAAAUAACCAAUGUGAAUAACCAAUAUUGUGCAGAGUUGGCUAUUUGAACCACCAUUGGUUAUCGUGUUGUGUGGAGGGCACCGAUGGUUAUUUCUUCAGCCACCGUUGGUUAUUUCAUUAGCCACAGAGUCGCAAGGCAAGAGCGGUCAAAGCAGUGGCUGCCAUUCUAGUCCAGUCGGCAGCUUAGAUUUUCGGAAGCAAUGGCUGAUGGGAUACUAGCGGGAGGACUGAGGGGGGGAUGAGUGAGUCAUCUCAGCGUGGAGUAAUAGUCAACUCAAUGCUGAUCCUAAUCCACAUCACAGUUGAUUAUUAUCAUGUUAUGUGGGGAGUACCCCCUAGAUAAUCAGCCUGACAGUUGUUUAUUACCCCACCGUUGACUAUUGUGUUGUCUGAGCACAGCCAUUUUUUUAUUGGACAUCAGAGUAGCCAAAGAAAAGGAUGAGGAUGUCAUCAUAAGUAAUGUAUUUCCCACAGUGAGGAAGAAUAUAUAUAUAUACAGAUCAGAUGAAUGCCCUGGCAGUGAUGUUAAUAAUAAAGGGGUAAUUAACUCUUCCAGCAAAUCUCUAUAAAAGGAGCAAAAGGAGUAUUUCAUUGCCAUCUUCACAUGGACAUACAUGGUUUUCUAGUGAUGGCAGUACGUUCAAUCACACACUUGAAAAGGCUAUUCUCUAUAUGGGAAUUACUCAAUUUAGCAAAUAUAUUGUGGGGUGGGAGGGAAAUGGAGAACAGAUGAAAAAAAAGUCAUACCAAGGACAUAAUUUUCUCACAGUGGACGCACUGUUCCGUGGUUCAUUUUCAUUAAAACUGCCUGAAUAAAUCUCUUACUUUACUACCGCCAA